AUGGCCGUCCUCCCGAGUACACCUCAAUCUUCUUCCUUGCUAUCGCACGAUAAACCAAACAUGAUCCUAGGACAGGCACAACCCAUCCGCAACGGCAGAACCUCAACGCGAAUCUCCAAACCUGCGCGCCCGUUGAAGGACGGUCGCUGUUCAGAUUGUCGAGUACGCGACACCAGAGCCAUUUCCUCUAAAUACUGCUUGACUAUCUGUCCUCGUGAGCAUGACUUCACUCCUACACCGAACAAAUUUAGUAUCCUAGCAGAGCUCGAACAGUCGCCCACCGAGCCGAAGUGGAAUUUCGAUUUUGUUCUUACCGCCAACGGAAGCACGAGGCGACGAGGCAAACGGGGAGGAAAGCGCCAUAGAAGCAAAGACGCAUCCAAUAAUGAUACCGAACGAUGCGAGCAUACAAGCAUUAGUGCGUCGUGCAAGACCAUGGCUGCGUUGCGUCUUAACGGGGAUGAGCUAUCUAAACCAGGGAUGGAUGACACUUCUACCCGUAGUCGAAAGGCCGCACCUAUCGAUCCUACCUCUUUCGAUAUCGACAGACCUUCUUGGGCCCCACAAUUUCUUCCAGAUUCAACGGCCACCGCAACAAGCCAGUCCCAGUCCUGCCAGAUCAAAGCACCGCGAUCUCAAGCUUCAUCUAAUGGCGCAGCGACCAAGCGGCAGAAUUCGCAAUUCUUCCCAUUCUCCGCAUUUCUUGCCUGUCCAGAUCCUUCAGCACUGUUUCCAUCCAAGUCUAAACUCUUAGAACCAAAGACUCCUGAAAAAGGUCGGCAACCCUCAGAGUCUUCAGUCCCUCCUCCUACAUCCUCGCCCCACGCACAAAACGCAGCAACAAAAGCAGCACAUCGUGCACUCAAUUCAAGGGGUCUACAGACAAAGCCUAUCACACCCACUGAUAAGUCAGAUACCCUGCAAAAAGAACCACCUCUCAUAACUAUCACGAAGACCCCGAGUACGCACUCUCCCCUCAGUCUCGUCAAUGUGUCCUCCACCAUGAUUGAGCCAACCUUUGUAUACCCCUCUGGUGCUUCUCAAUCUACCGAACCCAAGGCAGCAGACGGCAAAGCUCAAACUACGCCCAUCGCAUAUGGCUUCAGACGGGAACCUCCAUUCUUGAACGCUGAAAGGACGAAAGUCAACCCACGUUUUCACGGCUAUUGGCAACACCUUUCAGUACCAACUCCUGCAAAGGCUUUUCAGUCGGACACACUGACGAGCUCGAGCCACGCGCGUAUGAAAUCGUCGCCGCAAGAAGAGACUGCUCCAGCGAAGUCUCGUGCGCGCUGCUACAUCACUCAGCUACCCGGUCGAAAGUCGAAGUUUUUCGCCGACGGCAAACUCGUCGCGCGUGAGAGCACUUCCACGGCCCAGCAACCCGUGCUCGGAACUCCAUCGCCUAUUCAUGACGAUUCGCCUGGUAAAAUGACCUCACCCACUCCGACUGCUUUCGAAAGGUCUUCUCGUCCACUCUUUAGAGAUACGUACGCUAGGCCGCAUGCGUGGAAUAAUUAUCACAGUCCGGGUGGGCAGUCACAAAGGUCAGCAGUAUCAGGUACAUCCUCAUUGGAUACUUUUCCGCCGUCCUAUGCGCCAAACGAUCAGGACAGUAUCCUACGGCGCUCGCCAACCCUCUACAUCAGCCGCGUAAACUCCAAAUCGUCUGCACAAGACAAACACAGGGCCACGAUCUCCAGAGUGCUUUCACUCCUGAGAGCUGAUCAUAAGAAAAGUGUCUCCGAUUCAGACACCGCUGACUUCGACACGGUCAGUCUUUUUUCCGAGUACGAUAUCAUCGAUCCGGUAACUACGAAGUCCACUGCGGAUUCCUGGGAGGAAAUUCCUGCACCACCUCAGACUAAGGUCGAUUUCGAACCUAUUGACGACUCUGACUGCGACGAUGAAGAUGGAGGAGACGCCCACCACGCCUGCAAGUGUUUCUCGAUGGUCGAGUGA